AUGUCUCUCGACCCCGUCACCAGCGGUCUCGGCCGCGGCCUCCCCGCCAACAAAGUCACCGAAACAGCCACCGACACCGUUCAAUCAACCGCCCAAAAACCACUACAACAAGUGCAAGAAACAACCAAACCCCUCACCGACCCAGUCAUCCCAGGCGAAUUCCCCUCAGAAGACGGACCCCGCGACACCGACCAACCACCCCCCGAAAUCAACUUCCGCGGCAUCUGGGCCGGCCUUAGACACUGGUUCGCGUCAAUGAUACCACAAGCCUUCGACGGGUUCGAGUGGCUUGUGACAUGGUUGGUGAACCGGUACCUGCCACCGCCUAAACAAGCGGCUAUGUAUGAGGAGGCGCUGAAACGACCUAUUGCUUCGACCUUCCUCGUGUGCCAGAUGAUCUGCUGCGGUGUGCCGUUGUUGGUGUUCCUGGUCGGGGUGGGAGUGUUUGCGAUUGUUGCGGUGUUGUUGUAUAUUGUUCUGGCGUUGUUGAUUCUGGGGCCGAUAUUGAUUGUUGCGAGUAUGAUGGGGGUUUCGUUGUGGGGCUGGGGGUGGGUUUUGUAUGGGUUGGUUAAGUGGGUGGAUCGGCGGUUUUUGGGGGGGAUGAUUACGCGCUUCUGGUUGCCGAAGGUGCAGGGGGAGAAGGAGAGGACGAAGGACGAUAAGGGAGAGGGAGAGGGAGAGGGUGAGAUGGAGACGGAGGGGGAGGGGGAUGGUGACAAGAAGGAUAAUUGA